UAAACAUAUGUUAUCGAAAAUCCAAAUGAAUAACAGGAUAUCAAAAUGUUUUUGCGAAAUCUUACUAGCCUCCGUUUUGGCCUCUCAUGCCUUGAAACCCUAACGUAACCUUAACUCCUUCCUUUCCCAAAGUUUUGUCCAAAUUUCGAAUGUCAUCAUCAAUUUACAGCCAUCUCGGUGGCCUUUUCCGCAAAUCUUCCAAACCUUCUGCAACGGCUUCCGCAGCUGCCGUCACGAUAAACAGUUCACAACAAACGGCAUCUGAACCUACCCGUCUCACCGCCGCUGCCACCAAAGAAAAACAACUCGAAUCUUUGGUAAAAAAAUUCAAGAAAAACUCAGAGUCUCCCCGCUUUCGCCGCCGCCAUCUGAACUAUGAGCCGGCCGUCCGCCGCCUCGCUUCUGCAGGUCGCUUCUCUUCGAUCCACGACAUCCUUAACCACCAAAAACAGUACAAAGAUAUCACCAAUGAACGCUUCACAGUCCGCCUCCUCUGGCUUUAUGGCAAGUCCCAAAUGUCUGACCACGCGCUCGACCUGUUCGAAGAAAUGCCCCAACUAAACUGUCUGCGCACUGUCCUUUCCUUCAAUGCUCUCCUGGCGGCCUGCGUUCACUCCAAACAAUUUGAUAAAACUGUCAAGCUUUUUCGUGAAAUCCCCGAGAAAUUGGCAAUCCAGCCGGAUAUAGUCUCUUAUAACACGGUGAUCAAGGCCUUUUGUGAGUUAGGAUCAUUGGAUACAGCUGUUUCUAUGAUGGAUGAACUUGAUAAAAAUGGUAUACAUGCAACUUCGGCUACUUUUAAUACACUUUUGUAUGCCUUUUACAAGAGCGGUAGGUUUGACGAGGCAGAAAAGAUAUGGGGAUUGAUGGAAAAGAAAAAUGUGAGUGCUGAUGCUAGGAGUUAUAAUGCCAAGUUGCAUGGCUUAGUAAAAGAUAAGCGGGUAAUGGAGGCUGUGGGUGUGGUCGAGGGGAUGGAGGAUAGGGGGGUGAAGCCUGACGGUGUUAGUUACAAUGUGUUAAUUAAAGGGUUUGUAGAUGAAGGGCAUUCAAAUGAGGUCAAAAGAUGGUACAAGAAAAUGAUAGACAAUGAAUGUACACUGGAUUUGGCCACAUUUAGGAUGCUCAUUCCCUUUGCUUGUGACACAGGUGACAUUGAUUUCGCACAUGAGUUGUGCAAGAAGGGUGUUAAAAUAGGAAUUAGAAAUCAUAUUGGAGUGAUUGUUUUUGGUAUUUAG